AUGGAUCUCGACGGGCAUCCCGCCGAGGUCGAUACCGACCUAUAUUCUCGACAGAUUGGCACUUUUGGAAUAGAGAUGAUGGGGAAAUUGCAAAAGCUGAAAGUGUUGAUCAUUGGAAUGAAAGGCGCCGGUGCAGAAAUCGCUAAAAAUUUAGCACUCAUGGGCGUAGAGGCUAUAUGUCUGGCGGACGAUGAUACAGUUGAGCGUCGGAAUCUCGGAGUCAACUUUUUCAUACGUUCAGCAGAUGUGGGAGUCAAAUGCGUAAGUGAGGCCUGCCUACCACAGUUGCAGGAACUCAAUGGAAAUGUAAAUAUUACCAUACAUAGAGGUCCCAUCACCGAGGCACUUGUCACAAGACAUGAUGUUGCGAUCUGCUGUGACCAGACCUUUGAAAUGAUAAACAAUGUCAGCCGUGUUUGCCGUAAAAAUCAAUUGAAUAAACGUGUCGGAUUUAUUGCUGCUGAUACGUUUGGGAUGGUUGCGGCUGUAUUCGUAGACUUCGGUCACGGAUUUGUCUGUGUCGACCCAUCCGGUAAAGAUAUCACCACGGCUAUAGUCUCCGGGAUAUCCAAUGAAGAGAAAGGUGUAGUAUAUAUCCACGCUGAAGGUAGCAUGCCAUUCCAGACCGGUGAUGUGGUAACAUUUUCAGAGGUCCAAGGGAUGGAGGAACUCAAUUCCAUGGAUCCUAUUGAAAUAACAGUAAAAGAUAAGGAAUCAUUUACAAUCUGUGAUACCAGGAAAUUCAAACCAUACACCACAGGCGGAAUAGUCAAGGAAAUACGUAGACCUAAGACUAUCGACUUUAUCAGCUUCGAAGAGGCAGUAGAAAAUCCAUCAACCACAAAUUGCAUGAUGACCAUGGACUACAGCCUUAUCGGAAGAGCGGAAAGUAUACUAUUGAUUAGUAUGGCUUAUCGCACUUGUGGCCAGGAUUCUAACUCGGUCCUGGUAACUGCUAAUAACCUCAAUUCCAAAGCACGAUCAUGCGCUGUUGAUCAAAUUGACGAAAAGGUGCUGUGCAGUUUCGUCAAACAUGCCCAUCUUAAAAUAUCGCCACUUUGUUCCUUUGUAGGUGGUGUUGUUGCCCAUGAAGUUAUCAAGUUCACCGGAAAAUACCACCCUAUUAACCAGUGGCUAUACUGCGACUUCACAUUACCCACGGAAAUAACGUCAGGGAAUAAUAGCGAUGUUGGAUUCGAUUCGAGGUACAGUGACCAUAUUGCUGUUUGGGGACGAGAAGUACAAAGCAAGAUACAAAGUGCAAAGAUCUUUACGGUUGGAGCUGGUGCUCUUGGAUGUGAAUUGAUGAAACAUUUCGCACUACUCGGAUGUGGUACCCAAAAUGGAGGUUUAAUCACUCUGACUGAUAACGACCAUAUCGAAGUGUCUAACAUCAGUAGGCAAUUUUUGUUUAGGAAGAAACAUGUCGGAAUGUCUAAAUCAAAGGUUGCUGCAAUGGCUGCUAAAGAAGUCAAUGAACAUAUGAAAAUAGAUGCAUUGGAGAUUUGUGUCGGACCGGAGAGUGAGGACUACUUUACAGAUGAAUUUUGGGACGAACUGACUGUUGUGGUGAACGCUUUGGACAAUGUAAAGGCUCGUAUGUAUAUAGAUGGCCGAUGUGUAUGGUAUGAGAAGCCGCUUUUAGAAUCGGGUACAUUGGGCACUAUGGGCAACGUACAAGUCAUCAUCCCACAUAUGACACAGUGUUAUAGUGAGAGUCAAGACCCGCAAGAAACGUCAAUACCGUUGUGUACACUCAAACAUUUCCCAUAUCAGGUUGAUCAUACAAUCCAAUGGGCAAGGGACCUUUUUGAGGGUCUAUUCACACAGCUUGCGCAUGAUCUGAAGAAGCUCCAGGAGGCGUCACAUGAUGCGGACGAUAUAUCGGAUGACAAGAUAAAAUUGAUUUCACAGCUUUUAAAAAUUAAUCCCAAUAAUGCCAAGACGGAGUUGCUGCGUAUAUCUUCAGAGCUCAUCAACAGGUAUUUCAUCAACGACAUCAAGCAGCUGUUGUAUUCUUUCCCUAAAGAUCACAAGACAUCAGAUGGUCAAAGGUUCUGGAGCCCACCAAAAAGGAUGCCAAAACCAUUAAUAUUCGACCCUAGUAGUAGAUAUGUCAGCAUGUUCCUGGUAGCCACCUGUAACAUAUUGGCUGAGGUGAUAGGUUUAAAGUUACGUUUUGAUAACAAGGACGUGGAAUGUUUGCCGCCAUUGCGGUUUGAGGAAUUCAAACCCACUAUUUUAAGGCUAUCUAAGGAUAACGUGAAUGUUGAAAUUGAAAAACCCGCUGGUGCUGACAAACAACGAUUCCAGUUAAUUGACGAUAUCAGUAAAAGCAAAGUUCAAUUUAACUCUAUAGACUUUGAAAAGGAUGACGACGCAAACUUCCACAUCGAAUUUAUAUGGGCCACUGCUAACAUGCGAUGUGAGAACUAUGAUAUCGAACAAUGUGAUCGAAUGAAGGCGAAAUUGAUAUCAGGUAGAAUUAUACCUGCUAUCGCUACAACGACCUCAAUGAUCGUUGGAUUGGUGAUGCUUGAGUUUGUGAAAACGAUAUGUUACAAGAAAUUAAAAAUGGAUCAUUUCAGGAACUCGUUUUGCUGCCUGGCAACACCAGUAUGGUUACAAUCAGAGCCUUUACCACCCACUCCGACAACUGAUAAGGAGUAUGAUCCUGUAGUAGGCGGUCGUGUUCGAGCUUUACCACCUAACUUUACUGUAUGGGACAAAGUACGACUGAAUAUACCAAACGGUACGGUGAACAAUAUUCUUCAGGCUAUUCGUGAUACUUUUAAUGUCGAGGCUAUCAUUAUCAGUGCGGGUAAUACGUGCAUAUACAAUUCCUAUAUGCCCGCACACAACCGCGAGCGUCGUACUCAACGAAUUACCGAACUUUUGGAAAAGCUUACGAAAAAACCUCUUAUGCCAUCAUGCUCGUAUCUGGUUAUAGAAGCCAGCUGUACUGAUGACGACGAUACUGAUGUGGUCAUCCCUACGAUAAAAUUCGGGUUCAACAUGCUAUUGAGCCAUGAAUUUUUACCGGAGAAUACCACAGAAUACCUCGUAGAUGCUAACCCAGAGUUCCGUAAAAGGGCACGUAACGCCAUAUCGCAGGCCGUAAGAAAGUUCAUAAGUGAUACUCAAGACAGCGAAGAUGUUGAUGAACGUUGUGGUGAAGCCGUGCAACGGUUCGUCAACAUCAUGCGUACGCAAUAUAUGGAUAACGCAAUUCCGGACUAUCGAAUAGGAGGACUUAUAGGUAUUGCCUCAGCCGCCAUAGCCCUUGAUGAUCACCUCGAUGACCACGCUGAUGCGUUAAUCAGACUAGUACUUCCAUAUUUUACAGACCAGGAUCCUAGUGUAAGAUACUAUGCUUGUGAGUCAUUAUAUAAUAUCGCAAAAAAGGCUCAUGAUGGCGUUGUUAGAUGUUUCAGUGAUAUCUUCGACGGUAUUUGUAAACUCUCCUGCGACGAAGACGAGGAUGUUAGACAAAGUUCACAGUUCAUGAACCGACUAAUGCGUGAAAUUAUACUAAAUGACAAGUACAAGGCAGUUGAUUUGGUUGUCGAACUUAUCGCAAGCCGCAUGGAUGUGAGAGGGGCAGCGGAACUCUGCCUUGCUGAGUUCCUGGCACUUUUCAAGAAGACGUUUGCGACAAAGACCGAAAUAAUAAGUGACGAGUUUUUCAAUGUCAUACUCAUCAAUAUGACUCGCAACGAAUAUGUUAUCAAAAGGAUGAAUAUUGUAUGGGUACGAGAACUUGCCUGCUUGCAGCCGCAUGUCAUUUAUUUUAACGGAUUUCAUCUAUUACUCAAAUCGGUAAUAGUAUCCAUAGCCGAUCAAAACGGAGGUGGGUCAAGACUAAGUGGAUUCCAUAUCAGACCAGAUGUCAGUACUUGCGCACAAGAGGCAAACAAGCAGCUUUUUCUCAUGACAAAAGAACGAAAAACCAUCACCAAUGUCGAAAAUAUUACAAAAGAAUUAGUCACAAUAUUAAACUGCCAUGUUAACCACGUUGUUAUGCUGACAGCAUUACAGUGGCUGAUCCUGCUGCUGGAACUCAAGCCUAAAGUCAUGAAGGAUACCGUACCAGUAGUGACCAAAGCUGUAGUAUCAUGCUUUAAGCAAUGCGACUCCGAGCUCAUUAUGGAAGCGACAAUAAAAGCAAUAAUUCUAGUAUUAGAAUUGGGCACUGAACAUUUCGACCUGGUAUCGCAACAAUUAUUGGAGCUUUUUAAGACUGAUGAUGCAUUGCUGGAGGACAGAGGGAACCGUAUCAUCAUCAAUGUGUGCAAAAACAUCGGGUUCGAAAAUUUCUAUAGCAUCACAGCAAGUUGUCUUGCAAAGGAAAAUGAUCACAACUUCCUACAACGUAUCGUCCACACACUCAACUGGACACUACUGACAUCAGAAGACGCCAGGGAAAUGAGAGCGUUCCUACUUACCGAGAAUGGUGAUAAUCUGGGGACGCAACUACAGAUGUGUUGGGAUCAUAAUCUUGCGGCAGCAUUGGCCCUAGCACUAUGGCGCGAAAAAUAUGAAUUUGCUAACAAUAUUGUGCAACGAAUAGCGGAUUCGAAUUUUGGUAUCGAAUUUUGGCUAUGGAUAGACAGUAUCGUGCAAUUGUUAGAUUCUCACGUUUUUAUGAAAAUGAGAUUGCAUCUACUACAACCAACUCGUUACCGCGAACUUCUACAAGCUCUGCUUGGUAUGUUAUGUCCAUUCGACGCUUACCAUAAACAGGACUCUCUAUGA